AUGACAUCACUUUCAUCCAACUCUGCCUCUUUUGAAUUUACAACAGGAUAUUACUUCCCAUUCCACAAUCCAACAGCCAUUGUAUCAGGUAUCAAUGCACUUGCCAAUAAGAUUAAAACAAAUCCUGCUCAAUUAUGGGGUGAUGGAAUAUUCUAA